AUGAAAUCUACUGCUGAAGCCAUGCCAUGGGUAGGGUUAUAUGUUGCUGUAGCAUCUCUCAUUUGCACUCUUGCAAUGGCUGCUGAUGUCUUCCAAGGUUUUCGACAACGUAAACUCUGGUUUCCAUGCAAAUUUUUCACCCUCAAUGCAGCUUCCAUAACACUGAUAGCAAUAGCAAUGAAGUUACCAGUGGAUCUAACAACCAACAUCUCUAACGAUGAUGCUUUCAUCUAUCCAAAUUGGAGCAUAAGGUCAACCAGCAUCUAUUUCUUGUUGACCAUGUUAGCUAACUUUCUCCCUUCUUUAGGGGGUAUGGAUGACAAGGAACUUUUCACCAACAUCAUAGCCCUAGGUAUUCUCAUCAUCACCAUUAUUGUAAAUAUGUUCAUUCAAUUAGCUGUUAUUCAUGAUUUUCUUAAAUUAUACGUGAUAGAUAUGUCUAUCAUCACAAUUUUCCUUUUAUGGCCAUUUUGGGUAGCUUUUACAGUUCCAGCGUCGACAAGAAUUUUAGAAUACCAGUAUGAGGAGAUGCAUAGAUCAACUUUAGAUUGUCAAGAGAUAAAGUUCUCGCCCAAGGAACUCACACAUUAUGUUAAAAAGUACUGGAUGAUUGCCGAAACUGGGAACCCCCAAUUUGUGAUAGCUUCUUCACCCAUAUGUUCUGCUUCUGGGUUGGUAUGCUCAUUAAAUGCUACAACAUCUAUUAUUAGGUUGAUAUGGAAGUUGGCUUAUACACCAAGUUUUUGGGAUGGAAAAUCAGAUUAUAAGUGGUCAAUCAAUGUAAUUCUUACCAUACAAUAUGUUGGGAUUGUAGUAGGUAGCAUUGCACCAAUUUUCAGAUGCAUCACUACUACCACUUAUUUCAACCUCUCAAAAGAGUGGAGCAUCAAUCAUAUAAACAUGUUUAGAGUUGAGAAACAUUGGACCCAAAGGCUUCGACACUGGAAACGCAACCAUAUUACUUCACAUAUCCCAGGCCGCCAUUGCAAAAAAGUUUUCAAUUAUGUCAAAAACAUGAUUUUGAACUUUUGUAUAGCACUUCAUAUAACGCUUGUGGUUAUAUGUAAAACGAUAUGUCUCGUUCCCACAUGCAUUAUGCUCUUGAUCUAUUAUUUUUGCCAUUUCUGCAACUCAUUGUUGAAAAGGUUUAAAGAGGAACCAAAUGCAUCCAACAACAAUGCAAGAUCAGAGAUUAAAGAGUAUAUUGGUUAUGCUUUGCAAAUUGAAGAGGAGGCAAAGCUUUCAAAGAGAAUGUUGAAGAAUAUGCUGAAAUCUAUAACUAAACUUCUUUACCAAUCUGAAAAGAAACAACCAAGAAAUCUUGUGAAGUUUCUAGAGAAGUCUACAGGAUUCAAUGGAGUAGCAGAGUUCGAUAAUGACCAAGUCCCACCUUUACAUCCGGAAGAAACCAACAAUUGUUGGAGCCUAAUAGCAAUAACAUUAACAGCCGUUGCCCUUGCACUUCCUAACAUUGAAAAUGGCCAAGUCAAGGGGUUACUUACUAGCAUGAGCGAAGGCAUCCAAUUUAUUACACACAUUGAGGAAACCCUCGAUGCAAAUGGUGACUUGGUAAAGGCUAGAAAAACAGCUAGACGUGUAUGGACUGAAGUCGAAGUAUAUUGCAGUUGGCUACAUAUUGAUCUUCAAAUGAAGGCUCAUAAAGGAAAAAUGUCGAAGGAGAUUCUUCAAUGGUUGAGUGAUGAAGCAGUACAGAUUGUGAUACAUUUCAAGCGAAAGAAAAAGACAAGUGUAGAUGAGUCACUUCAUAAAUUCAUUGCUGCGAGUUCGAUGUACAGAAUCAGCCAAACCAUACUGCUCCAUUUCAACGAACAAGAAGAUUGGCCAACAGAUGUGGAACUUUUUGAGUGGAUUUCAACUAUAAUCGCAGAUCUACUAUGCGCUUGCUUUACCAACUUACCACGAGUCAUAACUCUGAAGUGUCAUCACGAUGCAAUAGAGAAAAGGGAAGAGAGCAUCCAAACUGCAGCUCAGCUUCUUGGUAAAUCCAAAACGAUUUUGAAUAUCCUCGAAGGACGCCAACUUCCAGACUUAGAUCAGAAGUCAAUGGCAUACAUUGAUAAGUGGCAAGCACUACCAAAGAGUCAGGUACCAAAUGGUCGUGCUUCUUCAGCCGGGAUUCAGUCAACUUCUUCAAUUUCUAAUAAAUCGGUCACUAUAGCUAUUACGUAA